AACUGGCAGAAAGCUCUUGCUUGGCUGGACGAGAGAGAGAGAGAGGAGAGAGUGUGGAUUAAACAAUACCCGGUCUCACUGCAUUUCCUGAGGCCAUGGAAUUCUUCGGGAUCGCCUUCUUCCUAUUCCUGCUUGUGGCUCACGCGCUUAGCCUUGAAUGCUAUUCCUGUGAUGGGGACAGUGACUGCAAGACAACAGAGGUCUGCAAGCAACAUCAAGAGAGCUGCCACACCACUGUCUUGAAAUCUAGGAUGUCUGAGGUAGUCCUGAAGGGCUGUGCCAUGAGUGGGAAACCCAACAAUUCCAUCUCACAUUUCUCCGGCAACCAACUUGUGUUUCUGGCAGAAGAGCACUGUGGGACUGACCUUUGCAACAAGGGCGUGCCAGAUGUAAUGGAGACGCUCAUGGCCCGAGGCUACCAGCAAAAUGCUCUGCAAUGUUAUUCCUGUAGUGCAACUGACAAGACCUGCUUCAACUCCACCUUGGUGCCUAUGCACUGCGCCAGGCCAGAGGAGACCUGUGUGGACAUCACAUCCUUCACUGUGCCAGAAGGGUUUCCUGCCGAUGAAGCGCGCAUCAAAGGCUGCGGGCAACUGUCUCACUGCCAGGAUCGCCUCGGUUUCCACAACCAGCACAGUUUCUACCUCCUCAAGUGCUGCAACACCAGUAGGUGUAACAAUGACAUGCAAGACUAUAAGCGUAGCCCCCUGCCGUUGAACGGGGUUAAGUGUUACAGCUGUGAGGGAAACGCCACCCAUGGCUGCUCCCCAAAGGAAGUCGCCGAAGUGCAGUGCCAAGGCCCCAUGACCGAAUGCUUAGAGGCCUCUGGAAUUCAUGGCGUCACCGAAGAAAUCUCCGUCCUGAAGGGUUGUGCUUCUCCUUCCUGGUGUGAUAGUCCCUACAGCUCCAUCUACAAGAACCUGGGUGCCCUCCACAGCCGCUGCUGCACAGGUGACCUCUGCAACAAUUGGAUCAUCAACGGGACGCUGAGGCCUUUCUUCAGGAGCCGAGCCAGCACCAAAGACACCAGCACCCUCACUGUAUUGCUCUCAGCAGGUCUGCUCGCCUCUGUGGCCUUUCUACUCUCCUGAAGCGGCCCCUGAUCUCCAGUGUCAGGACCAAAGCAUAAUCUGAGCCGGUACUUAGCAGGGCUCCGACCCAGAACCCUUGCCAUCCUCUGCUGCUGCAACCCAGCUGAGAAGAAACCUGUGAAAGAAUGAGAGAGUACCCCUGAGCAUGAGCAGAAUGCAUCUCCCCAUCCCGCUGACGAGCCACAGCCAACUCCCAUAGCAUGAGGGGUUUAGCGCCUGGCCUUCCAGGUUGGAGGGCACAAUCUCUAAGCAGGUUCGAGCCCCAAAAGCUUUCCUCCAAAACAGGCCACUAACCCGGGCUCCAGUCCUACUUGUGCUGACUUGAGAGUAGGGAUGUGCAUGGAACCACUCCAGGCAGUUUGGUUCAAAUUCAAACUUUACUCACACUGAAUUGCCCAGUCCAUAAGCUGGUUCGGUGGUUCGGUUCGUGCACUAGAACCGGGUUGAAUCGGGUCAAACCGGUUCGGCCCGGUUCUACAUGCUUGCGAAGGGGAGUCUGGUAAGGAUUCCCCUUUACAAUCAAAGCGGGAACCCUAUGGGGUUGAAAAGGGAGAGCGGGGGGACAGCAGGAGGUCACCUUAAGGGCCAUGGCUGUGGUAGCUCCUCUAGGCCCCAGUUGCUCUCCACCCAUCAGCACGGGCCAGCAGGGGCCCGGUUCGAUUCGAAACAGUCCUACACAUCCCUACUUGAGAGUAAGCCCCAUUGAGCACAGUGGCUGAAGUGCAGUACAGCGACCCACUUGCCGAAGGACACUCCACGAGUUCAAAAGUUGUGCUAGCUCAUUGCAAUGAAUCCAGAGCUUGUUCUCCAGAUUAGUAUUGAACUACUCCCAGCAUACUUUCAGUUGUGCAACUGUUGUGUAAUGGAGGCACUCCUGAUUGGUUUUAGUGGGGACAUUUGCCAAAGCAUGCUAGAGUGUGAUUGUGCAGUUCUGGAAAUCCUCAGUAAAAUGGCCCACUCAAAGAUCCUCACUAAAAUUGCUUUCGGGGCAAAUCAUCUAGGUCCAGAUCUAGCACAGAUCUCUGCCAAUAGUUUGUUGCUCUGGAUUUCAAACCAAUGAUUCUUUCAUCCAAGCAGUGUUCCCAGAUGUUGUUGACUACAGCUCCCAUAAUCCCAAGCCAAAGGCCAUUGCAGAUGGGGAUGCUGGGAGUUGUAGUCAACAACAUCUGGGAAUCCCUGUUAGAGGGAACACUGCUUCCAAGUCAACACAAAGAGGAUUGGGAGGGAAGUUUAUUUGUUGAGCAAGGAGGGGUGUGGUGCCUAAUGGCUAGAGAGGGGCAAUGCUCAGGACUCUCAGGUUCAUUUCUCAGCAACAGUUAAAUGGAGGCUAUUUAAUUAAGGGAGGGGUGCUGGAAACCCCUUCUGUCUGGAGACCCCGGCUUAAGAUCAGUAUCUUACCCUGCAGAGAAGAUCAUCCAUAUUAGAAAUGCCUCAUCUUAGUAUUUAUUCUUAGACUUGGCUAUAAGGAGAGCUGGUCUUGUGGUAGCGAGCAUGACUUGUCCCCUUAGCUACGCAGGGUCCACCCUGGUUACAAAUGAAUGGGAGACUAGAAGUGUGUGCACUGUAAGAUAUUCCCCUCAAGGGAUGGAGCCGCUCUCAGAAGAGCAUCAGAAGGUUCCAAGUUCCCUCCCUGGCAUUUCCAAGAUAGGGCUGAAAAAGAUUCUUGCCUGCAACCUUGGAGAAGCUGCUGCCAGUCUGUGAAGACAAUACUGAGCUAGAUAGACCAAUGGUCUGACUCAGUAUAUGGCAGCUUCCUAUGUUCCUAGCAGACUCUUUACUUCGCCUAGCAUUAAGGAUUUGGAUCACUUGCUUUUAAAAGCCUGGAGGGUGUCAUAGUCAGACCAUCCUCUGCGCCAACUCAGUGAAAAGACUAGAAAUUGCGUUCAAUGGGGAAGAUCCCACCAAGGAACAUCUAAAUGUAUUUUCCACCCCCCUGAGUUAUGUCUCCCUGCAGUAGCCUCCUGGGCUGGUGUCUCUCUGUGAUGUGAUUGUCAGUUUAUAUAUAUAUAUAUGUGGACCUUAUUUAUGUUAAUAAACUAUUUUUUAUAAUAUGAAAA